AAGCACUGACCCAAGGCACAACAGAGGCCCCGUGUGUGCAGGUGGGCAGGAAGAAGGUUCUCGGUGGCUGUGCCCACAGUAAUCCCUGUCAUUCCCUCCCUACAGAUCAACAUGUACCUGCUCUCACGUGUGCUGUGUGCCCUGGGUCGCCUGGGCAUGGAGAAGGGCUACAUCCCUGAGCCCCGGUGGGACCCCUUCCCAGUGCUCACCGCGCUGGUGUGGGGGCUGGUGCUGUGGCUCUUUGAAUACCACCGGGCCACUCUGCAGCCCUCACUGCAGUCCUCCAUGACCUACCUCUACGAGGACAGCAACGUGUGGCACGACGUCUCGGACUUCCUCGUCUUCAACAAGCGCCGCCCCGCCAAGUGAUGCAGGCUUGGUGUCGGCUGUGGUUCGAGGCUUGGCUCCACGCACAGACUCUCCUGAGGAGCGUGGCUCCUCGAAGGCAUGGGCCUCCAAUUCAUGUCACAGAGGGUUCCUUGCAGGUGGGCAGGGGUUGAAUAAGUCCCAUGUCUCAGGUGCUGCUCUGUUGGAGAAGUUCUAGAGCCCACGGUACAGUAGAAACACCGCAUGAGCCACAAACGCAAUGAAAAUGUUCCUAGUAGCCACACUGACAAGUAGAAACAGGUGAGAUCAACCUGAAUUAUAUACUUCAGCCAAGUAUUUCUAAAGUGUUGCCGUUUCAACAUAGAAUUAACAUGAAAAAUGAAUAUUUUA